CGCUCGAUGCGGAACUGCCCGGGCGGCGCAGAGCGGCCGGGGGGCGGCGGCGGCGGCUGUGGCUGUGGCGGCGCAGGUUGAACUGGCCAGACAUUUCAAAGCGAAUUGCUCCCCAAGGCACUUGGUCACGGCUGACUGGAUAACCGACCGCUGGAUCCAUGAACAGGAGUUCACUGAGAUGACAUAGGGAGGGGGUCAAGGACAAUGGUGCAGAAAAAGAAGAGCUGCCCUCGGUUACUUGACUACCUUGUUAUCAUUGGAGCCAGGCAGCCAAGCAGUGAUAGUGUUGCUCAGACUCCUGAGCUGCUCCGACGUUAUCCUCUAGAAGAUCACGUGGACUUUCCUCUACCGCCCGACGUUGUGUUCUUUUGCCAGCCAGAAGGAUGCCUGAGUGUGCGGCAGAAACGCAUGAGCUUCCGUGAUGACACUUCUUUCGUCUUCACACUCACAGACAAGGAUACAGGUGUCAUUCGCUAUGGAAUCUGUGUCAACUUCUACCGCUCCUUCCAGAAGCGAGUACUUAAGGAGAAGGGAGAAGGCACAGGAGGACAUCGAGCUCGUGAGGGACAGAAAAUCACCAAAUCUGGGGAUGUGUCUGCACCCCAAGAGGAUGUGGGCACUGAGAGUUCAGAGAGUGGUUCUUCGCUGCAGGUUCCAAGUACAGCGUCUACCCCAGAUGUGAAUCGAUCACCACGCAGUAAGCGGCUGGCCAAAGGCAGCCAUCGCUCUCGGAACAGCACCCUGACUUCUCUGUGCAUCCUCAGUCACUAUCCCUUCUUUUCCACCUUCCGUGAAUGUUUGUACACCCUCAAGAGACUUGUGGACUGCUGUAGUGAAAGACUGUUGGGCAAGAAAUUGGGGAUUCCUCGUGGAGUGCAGAGGGACACAAUGUGGCGGAUUUUCACAGGCUCCCUCCUUGUGGAGGAGAAGUCCAGUGCAUUGCUGCACGACUUGCGUGAGAUUGAGGCCUGGAUAUACAGGCUGCUGCGUUCGCCGAUGCCCGUCGCUGGUCAGAAGCGGGUGGAUGUGGAAGUCUUGCCACAUGAGUUGCAGCCAGCUUUGACUUUUGCUCUUCCUGAUCCAUCCCGCUUCACCUUGGUGGAUUUUCCAUUGCAUCUGCCUUUGGAGUUGCUGGGAGUGGAUGCCUGUCUGCAGGUGCUGACCUGCAUCCUUCUGGAGCACAAGGUUGUAUUGCAGUCCCGAGAUUAUAACGCUCUCUCCAUGUCUGUGAUGGCCUUUGUGGCUAUGAUCUACCCCUUAGAAUAUAUGUUUCCAGUGAUCCCUCUGCUUCCCACCUGCAUGGCGUCUGCAGAACAGUUGCUUCUAGCCCCUACACCUUAUAUCAUUGGUGUUCCAGCAAGUUUCUUCCUUUACAAACUGGAUUUUAAAAUGCCUGAUGAUGUAUGGCUUAUUGACCUGGAUACCAAUAAGGUGAUCGUUCCUACAAAUGCAGAAUCUUUGCCAUCACUUCCAGAACCAGAAGCAUCAGAGCUGAAAAAGCAUCUGAAACAGGCACUGGCCAGCAUGAGUCUGAAUACUCAGCCCAUUCUUAACCUAGAGAAGUUCCACGAAGGGCAGGAGGUGCCACUCCUGCUGGGAAGACCGCAGAAUGAUUUGCAGUCUACUCCCUCCACGGAAUUCAACCCUCUGAUCUAUGGAAAUGAUGUGGACUCUGUGGAUGUGGCUACCAGGGUUGCUAUGGUGAGAUUCUUCAACUCACCAAAUGUUUUGCAGGGUUUCCAGAUGCAUACUCGCACUCUUCGUCUUUUUCCACGACCAGUGGUGGCCUUCCAGGCAAACUCCUUUCUUGCCUCCAGGCCAAAGCAAACACCUUUUGCAGAUAAGCUUUCCAGGACACAGGCAGUAGAAUAUUUUGGAGAAUGGUCACUCAACCCUACUAACUAUGCUUUUCAAAGAAUUCAUAACAACAUGUUUGACCCAGCACUGAUUGGUGACAAACCUAAGUGGUAUGCCCACCAGCUGCAGCCCAUCCACUAUCGUGUCUAUGACAGUAAUUCACAACUGGCUGAAGCACUGAAUGUACCCGUAGAGAAAGAAACAGACUCUGACCCCACUGAUGACAGUGGCAGUGACAGUGUUGACUAUGACGACUCAAGUUCCUCCUAUUCCUCCCUUGGUGACUUUGUCAGUGAGAUGAUGAAAUGUGACAUUAAUGGCGAUACUCCAAAUGUUGACCCCCUGACACAUGCAGCCCUUGGUGAUGCUAGUGAAGUGGAAUUUGAUGAUUUUCAAGAAUACUCAGGGGAUCUGGAUGAACAGGCCAUGGACAGUGAGAACUCCCAAGAGAACAACCAGCCUCGUUCAAGUUCCAGUACUACAGCCAGUAGCAGCCCCAGCACUGUCAUCCAUGGAGUGAAUCAUAUCAAUGAUUUGACUGGUCCACAGGAGUCUGCAGAUUCAGCGGAGAUGGAAGAGAAGCUGGCUGCUGGAUUUUCAAACCAUCUCCCUUCCUUGCCACUGCAAACUAGCUUUCCCAAGAUGAGCUUGGAUCGUCGUGAGAGUGACAGCCCAGCUGUCAGCAUGAGCUCCUCAGAAGGGGUGGUGAGGAAACGAGAGUAUGACAAUCCAUACUUUGAGCCACAGUAUGGUUUUCCUACAGAGGAUGAAGAUGAUGAGCAGGAAGAAAGCUACACCCCAAGAUUUAACCAGAAUCUCAAUGGAAGCAGGUCUCAGAAGUUACUCCGUCCAAACAGUUUAAAACUGGCUAAUGAUUCUGAUGCAGAUUCGGACUCCAGGGCCAGCUCCCCAAACUCUACUGUCUCUAACAACAGCAGUGAAGGUUUUGGGGGCAUCAUGUCUUUUGCAAGCAGCUUGUAUAGAAACCACAGCACAAGUUUCAGUCUGUCCAACUUAGCCCUACCAACCAAAGUUGGGAGAGACAAGAAUACUCCCUUUCCCAGUCUGAAAGUAUUUGGGUUAAAUACUAUAAUGGAGAUUAUUACUGAAGCUGGCCCAGUAAGCAAUGAAGGAAACAGACGAGCCCUGGUAGAUCAAAAAUCUUCAGUCAUUAAGCACAGCCCAACAGUGAAGAGAGAAUCUCCAUCGCCUCAGGGACGAAGUAGCAAUUCCAGUGAGAACCAGCAAUUCCUGAAGGAGGUGGUACACAAUGUUCUCGACGGGCAAGGUGUCGGCUGGCUGAACAUGAAAAGAGUCCGUCGCCUGCUGGAGAGUGAGCAGCUCCGAGUCUUUGUACUAAGCAAGCUAAAUCGCACGAUCCAGUCAGAAGAAGAUGCUCGGCAGGAUGUCAUACAGGAUGUGGAGAUCAGCCGCAAAGUUUAUAAAGGCAUGCUGGACUUGCUGAAGUGUACUGUGUUGAGCCUGGAGCAGUCAUAUGCAAAUGCUGGCCUGGGAGGCAUGGCCAGUGUUUUUGGCCUUCUAGAAAUAGCACAUACUCACUAUUACAACAAAGAACCAGAAAAGAGAAAACGAAGUCCAACAGAUGGAUCUAUCACUCCAGUUGGCAAGGAUCCUGCAUCAUCUCCGAGAGUGGAGCUGAAACCUGCGAUGCAGCUGCCAGUACCUCAGCUGAUGUCAAAGGCACUGAGCCCUGCAGGCAAAGGGCCAAGGGAGUUUGACACAAGGAGUCUAAAGGAAGAAAAUUUUAUUGCUUCCAUUGGGCCAGAAGGUGUGAAACAUUUUGAUUUGGGAGAAACAGAUGAGAAAAAGUCCCAGAUCAGUGCAGACAGUGGCCUCAGUUUGGCCUCAGGUUCUCAGAAGAGUGAUUUCGACUCUCUUCCCAGUGGAGGACCAGCAGUUAUGGUCCGAAGUACCAGCCAGGAUUCUGAAGUUAGCACAGUGGUUAGUAACAGCUCUGGAGAGACAUUAGGAGCCGACAGUGACUUGAGCAGCAAUGCUGGUGAUGGCCCAAGCAUGGAAAAUGGUGGCAAUCUGACAGGAUCCAGGGGCACUGUGUCAGACAGUGAAAUUGAGACAAAUUCUGCUACUAGCUCUAUUUUUGCAAAGUCUCAUAACCUGAAGCAGAGCGUGAAGGAUAACAAAGGCAGUACUCCAGGGAGAGUUCCAGAGGAUGGAAACCAGCGUGUCUAUCUCUAUGAAGGACUUUUGGGUAGGGAUAAAGGAUCUGUCUGGGACCAGUUAGAGGAUGCUGCAAUGGAAACCUUCUCUAUGAGUAAAGAGCGCUCAACUUUGUGGGACCAGAUGCAGUUCUGGGAAGAUGCUUUUUUGGAUGCUGUGAUGUUAGAGAGAGAAGGAAUGGGGAUGGACCAGGGACCUCAGGAGAUGAUUGACAGGUAUCUUUCCCUGGGAGAACAUGAUCGAAAGCGUUUGGAGGAUGAUGAGGACCGCUUGUUGGCGACACUGCUACAUAAUAUGAUUGCUUAUAUGCUUAUGAUAAAGGUGAAUAAGAAUGAUAUUAGGAAAAAGGUGCGUCGUCUAAUGGGAAAAUCACAUAUUGGAUUGGUGCACAGCCAGCAAAUAAAUGAUAUUCUAGACAAGCUUGCCAGUCUGAAUGGACGGGAACUCCCUGUGAGACCCAGUGGCAGCCGUCACAUCAAGAAGCAGACUUUUGUAGUCCAUGCUGGGACAGACACAACAGGAGACAUAUUUUUCAUGGAGGUGUGUGAUGAUUGCAUUGUGCUGAGAAGCAACAUUGGAACUGUGUAUGAACGUUGGUGGUAUGAGAAACUCAUAAACAUGACUUACUGUCCCAAAACAAAAGUUCUGUGCCUCUGGCGGAGGAAUGGUCAAGAGACGCAACUGAACAAGUUCUACACAAAGAAGUGUCGGGAAUUAUACUACUGUGUAAAAGACAGCAUGGAGCGAGCAGCAGCAAGACAGCAAAGCAUUAAACCAGGCCCUGAGUUGGGUGGUGAGUUUCCUGUGCAGGAUAUGAAAACUGGUGAAGGAGGUCUUCUGCAGGUCACACUGGAAGGAAUUAACCUGAAAUUUAUGCACAGUCAGGUUUUCAUAGAGCUGAAUCACAUUAAAAAGUGCAAUACUGUGCGAGGAGUCUUUGUCCUGGAGGAAUUUGUUCCUGAAACUAAAGAAGUGGUGAGCCACAAGUACAAGACGCCAAUGGCUCAUGAGAUCUGUUACUCCGUGCUGUGUCUCUUCUCUUAUGUGGCUGCCAUUCGUGGGAAAGAGGCAGAAAACAAAAGCAAACCACCUCGGCCAGUUUCCAGUUGAUCAUGAUAUUGGGAAGUACCUACCCUUCGGCACACUGACGUGCUGCAGUAUUCCCAUUUUUACUGCAGUUACUGGAUCUCACUUUGCUGUCUUCUGUGAGAACUUGAUUAUUUAUGUAUGACCCUGCAAGUCUUUCCCCAUAGAAAAAUCUAAGGCUUCAUUGCUCAGUCUCCUUCUGAAUUCAUCCUUAACAGAGUUUUUAUAUGAGCUGUUCAUCAGACAAUUUUGAGCAUCAGCAUCCAGCUGUGAGUGACCUACUCUGGCCAUUCCUUGGAAUUCCCUUUUUCUUAAGGUGGCUAACAUAGCCUGAGUUCAGUUGUUUUUUUUUUUGUUUCUAGUGGUAUUUGUUCCAAAUUUAUCACUUUACAACUGCAGGCUUCUGCUUUCAAAUUCUCUCAUGUGCACAGUGGAAGCAGUCUGGUCCUGCAUGUUGUUUAAGUGUAACGUUUUCAUUGUUUUCCUUCUGUGUUGUUCAUUUUUACCCACCAACAUGGAGUUCUUGUCACAUAGUUCUUCAAACCCUUUUGGUAGAGAUGAACAAUUUAGCUACUAUAGUCUUAAAAUAUCACGUGACAAUUGAAGUUUGGCUAUUAAAUUGCUCCGUCUGUGGAGAUGACUGCUUCUCAAGUGGGAAAAGGAGAGAGAAAGAGAGAGAAAGAAAAACUCUGAAGGUAGUAUAUUCUGAAAAACCCUGACACCCCAUGAAUUAUGUGGAUUUUCAGAUGGGAGUUUAGAUAAUAUUUGUAGACAUCUCAGCAGUAUAGUUAAUAGAUACAUAUAGCACUACUGAAAGCAGUUAAUUGCAGGGGGCAGAAAAUGGAAAUGUAAAAUUUGACAACAUUAUUGGCAGAAGCACAUGUCAAACCAAUGUAAUUCUGGGUUCGUAACUAUAUCCUAUAUAAGAUAUUUCUAUAGCAAUGUACAGAACAUACUCAGAAGCUCUAAGGAUUAUCCGGUCUCCAAAAUUUUUAAGCUAUUGCUUUUUUUCAAUCUGUACUUGUAUAUCAAGGAAUUUCGCAAAUACUGGGUUAAUGCGUAAUGAAACGCCUUCAGUUAAAAUUAUCCAUCACAUUCCGUAUUUAAAGUAGACUGAAUAUGAAUGUUUCUUGCAUCCUGAUUUUGUUCUUGAAAUGUACUGCACUUGUAUGGAAAGCUCUUAGGAUGCUGCGAGGAGAGACUGUCUGGAGAAAAUAAUGUUACAUGUAAAAUACCUGGAAAAAUGCUCUGAUGCACACUGAUGUAUUGUACGUUUUGACAUAGGAUUCUGAGUAAAUGAACCCAGAACUAACCCUGUUUUGGCUUGGUCAGGGUCUCUACCAUUCUGAAUGGAAUAAACUAGUAAUGGGUGAGGAAAAGAUGUAAAUAUUACAGUACCACAUCUAUUUAUAGAAACUGUACAGCUGUCUGAAUGUGAAAAUAAAAUGUCAUUCAACCAGC